AGUCCAUCUAGGGUAUAAAAGAGCACCUGUGUAUGAAGAGAGUUAGAUACAGACACCAGCAACAAGUGGAGGUACUACUCAUUUGUAGGGCAGAAAAGGGAAAUAAAGUUUAUAACCAUGAAAAGCAUCCGUUCUCUGGCUGGAAUCCUCCUGGUUUUUGGCUUUGUCCACACCAGCUGCCAGGUUCCUCUGCAGGAAGCGGACGACAGCUCCAGUUUUGAGUCACAGGUCACGUUAGCGGACGAGUCUAGAGAUGUCUCCAACAUGAAAAGACACUCAGAGGGAACAUUCUCCAAUGACUUCAGCAAAUACCUGGAGGACAGGAAGGCACAGGACUUCGUCCGAUGGCUGAUGAACAACAAGAGGAGUGGCUUUGCCGAGAAGCGCCACGCAGAUGGGACCUUCACCAGUGACAUGAGCUCCUACCUCACGGACAAGGCAAUUAGAGACUUUGUGGCGAGGCUUAAAGCUGGACAAGUCAGAAGAGAGUAGGCAGCUCCUCCUUCCUCCUCCUCCUCCUCCUCCUCUUCUGCAGAAUCCAAACCCUUCUUCUGACCUUCCUUUGUCUGUUUCCAAUGUGAAGAAAGAGACAGGGAUGUUGAGUCGGCAGGAAAAAACUAAUCAACUGCUAUUUCUGCUCCUUCACUUUAUUUCUGAUUAUUUUCUUUGCUUUGUUUCAUGACGAAUCCUGUGAUUGUGCUCAAAUAAAUCACCUGAACUUGUUUUACAGUAUUGA